GGGGCCCAGUCGGCCGCCAGGAAAUGCCCAGGAGAGGGUGUCACCUGCGCCCGACGGCUUGUUGAUUCCCAGGAGCGCCGCCUUCCCGGGUCUGGACCCCCAAGACCAGAGCCGGAUCUCGCUCACCUGUUCCCCCUGGCGCCUUUCCCGGACAGCCCUGAGAUCCUCCGGGGACCGCUCGCCCCUCAGCUCCACACCAUGAGCAAGUUGGGCAAGUUCUUUAAAGGGGGAGGCUCUUCCAAGAGCCGAGCUGCUCCCAGCCCCCAGGAAGCCCUGGCCCGACUUCGGGAGACAGAGGAGAUGCUGGGCAAGAAACAAGAGUACCUGGAAAAUCGAAUCCAGAGAGAGCUCAGCUUGGCCAAGAAGCAUGGCACCCAGAAUAAACGAGCUGCACUGCAGGCCCUAAAGAGAAAGAAGAGGUUUGAGAAGCAGCUCACUCAGAUUGAUGGCACACUUUCCACCAUUGAGUUCCAGAGAGAAGCCUUGGAAAACUCACACACCAACACCGAGGUGUUAAAGAACAUGGGCAUGGCAGCAAAAGCCAUGAAAGCCGUUCAUGAAAACAUGGAUCUGAACAAAAUAGAUGAUUUGAUGCAAGAGAUCACAGAGCAACAGGAUAUUGCCCAAGAAAUCUCAGAAGCGUUUUCUCAGCGGGUUGGAUUUGGCGCUGACUUUGAUGAGGAUGAGUUGAUGGCAGAGCUUGAGGAAUUGGAGCAGGAAGAAUUAAAUAAGAAGAUGACAAAUAUUCGACUUCCAAAUGUGCCUUCCUCCUCCCUUCCAGCCCCACCAGAGAGAGUGCCAGGUAGAAUGGCCAGCAUGCCCUCCUCUACACCUCGAACCCGAGCAGCAUCUUCCAGGAGGGCAGAAGAAGAGGAAGAUGAUAUCAAACAACUGGCAGCUUGGGCUACUUAAAUUAAAACAGAAUUUUUUGACGCCUAACUUAAUGAGCUGUACAUAAGACACAAAAAAUGCUUUGGCUAAAUAUGGAAGUUAACAAAGACUCUGUUUUAUAUUUA